AUGGCUUCAGAAGGACAGCCAUCACCAGUGAUCCGGGCUCCAAGUCAACAACUUGGUCCGGAUUACAAGACAUCGACCGACAGACCAACAGCCACCGUCUCCACGAACCCGAAAAUCCACAAUCUGCAUAUCUUACCACAAACCCCUCAGCUCAUCGCUCUUCUCACCAUGCUCCGCGACAAAACCACCGGCCGCGCAGACUUCAUCUUCCACUCCAACCGCAUCUCCCGCCUCCUCGUCGAAGAAGCCCUGAACCACCUCCCCGUCCUCCCCCACACCAUCACCACCCCCGUCGGCCGCACCUACGCCGGCGUCGAAUUCGAAGGCAAAAUCUGCGGCGUGUCCAUCAUGCGCGCCGGUGAAGCCAUGGAGCAAGCUCUCCGCGAAUGCUGUCGUUCCGUGCGGAUCGGCAAGAUCCUCAUCCAGCGUAACGAGGAGACGUCCCAGCCGCAACUGUUCUACGAUAAGUUACCCGAGGAUAUCAAGAAUCGAUGGGUGCUGCUUCUGGAUCCGAUGUUGGCGACGGGCGGGAGUGCGUUGAUGGCGGUGGAUGUGCUGUUGAGUAAAGGUGUGCCCGAGGAGAGGAUUUUGUUUUUGAAUUUGAUUGCGAGUCCCGAGGGGGUGCAGAAUUUCGCGGAGAAGUUUCCGAAGGUGAGGGUUGUGACGGCGUUUGUGGAUCAGGGGUUGAAUGAGAAGAACUACAUUGUUCCUGGACUGGGUGACUUUGGCGAUAGGUUCUAUACACUCUGAUCCCCUGCAAGUAUAACUCGUACGAAGCGACAGUUUCCAAGAGCGGUAGCCGAAGAGAGUAUCUUAGCUUGCUCUCUUUCUCGCUAAGCCUUGAUACAGCCAUAUUGACAAUUUUGC